AUGCUUUCCAAAUACAAAACCCUGUAUGUGCACUCAAAGGUCAUUACGCCCAGGAAUUCAAAAAUACGUGAAAAACUCUUUCUUUCUUUCUUUGUCAUUAUCUUUUUGGCUUUCUUUUACUUCCUAUCCUCACUUUCAUUUACAUUUUGUCCUCAUUUUCUUUACUUCGUGUCUCACACUAUGUUCUCUAUUUUUACUUCAUGUCCUUUUUUUUCUUUCUUUUACAUCUUGUUCUUCUCACAUUAUUUCUUUUCUUUCAUAACAAAAGUCUUUGGCCCUGAUCUUGAUUUGUGGUCCAAUUUAACUUUUUUCUUUGCUUUUACGCUCUUUCUUUCUUUCUUCUUUGCCUUUACGCUCUUUCUUUCUUUCUUUGCUUUUACGCUCUUUCUUUCUUUCUUUCUUUCUUUGCUUUUACGCUCUUUCUUUUUCUUUCUUUCUUUCUUGCUUUGCGUUUACGCUCUUUCUUUGUUUCAUUCUUUCUUCUUUGCUUUUACGCUCUUUCUUUCUUUCUUUCUUUCUUUCUUUCUUUCUUUCUUUGUUUGCCUUUACGCUCUUUCUUUCUUUCUUUGCUUUUACGCUCUUUCUUUCUUUGCUUUUACGCUCUUUCUUUUUCUUUCUUUCUUUCUUGCUUUGCGUUUACGCUCUUUCUUUGUUUCAUUCUUUCUUCUUUGCCUUUACGCUCUUUCUUUCUUUCUUUCUUUCUUUCUUUCUUUCUUUCUUGCUUCUUUGCUUUUAUGCUCUUUAUUUCAUUCCUUUCCUUUCUUUUCCUUCUUUAAAUAUUUCACAUUUCUUUUCUCUUAUUUCUUUUUAAAAUUCGUUUUUUAA